UUCAUUCGAUAAGUAGUGUUUUACUUCGUAAAUAUUAUGAUAAAAAGGAAAAUGUCGCGCUGGUUCUCAUUUUGGAGAGUGCAGACAAAGCUCGAAGAAUGUACCGGGCCGUUCUCUGUUGGUUGCAGCGAUUUUAUGUGUGCAAAAGAUGAAUCUACAGGUUUUUCUACUGAAGGUGGUAGCUUUAUACGUUUCUUUUACCCAGCGGAGAAGACGGCUGGAACAUUGGAUGAAUCAAAAAGAUGUUUUUGGAUUCCUCGUCAAGAAUACGCAUCAGGGCUUGUAAACUUCAUGAAACUUCCAGGUUGGGUUUUAGGAAGAUUUUUCUACUGGUGUGUAGGUAGCUUGCAGAUCCCUGCAAUAUACAAUGCACCACUUUGUAAACCUGCUGGAGAGGACCAGUUGUUACCUUGUGUUAUUUUUUCACAUGGCCUGGGAGGUAACAGGUUAAUCUACAACACUUACUGUUGUGAGUUGGCAUCCCAAGGAUGUCUAGUGGCAUGUGUAGAACACAGAGAUGAAUCAGCCUCUGCUACAUACAUUCUAAAGAAGAAUGAUGGAGAUGGGAAUAUGACAGAGGAAUGGAUCCAGUACCACCAUCUCCAAGAAAGUGAUAAUGAGUUUGAAUUUCGAAACAGGCAGGUUCACAUCAGAGCAAAUGAAUGUGUAAGAGCCCAUAACAUUCUUGAAAACAUUCAGUCAGGACAUUUUCCAACAAAUUUGUUCCAGGAAAACUCUAUUUUACAACAGCUCAAGGGAAGACUGGACUUAAAAAGGGUUGCAAUGGUUGGUCAUUCAUUUGGAGGUGCUACUACUGUCCUAUCUUUGGCAAAGGACAAGCGAUUUAGGUGUGGUGUGGCUCUUGAUGUGUGGAUGCUGCCUUUAGGAAAAGGGAUAUUUAAUUAUGAUCUUGAUCAGCCUUUACUGUUUGUCAAUUCACAACAAUUUCAUUGCUGGGACCAAAACGUGGAUCCUCUUAAAAAGUUUAUUAGUAAUAAGCCAGAAACAAGACCAAUCAUAGCGAUAAGGUGGACAAGACAUAUGAACCAAUGUGACAUACCGUCAGUUCUGCCACCAUACAUACUGUACUGGACCUCACUCGGAAGUAAACUUGAUCCAACCACAGCCGUGAAGCUUAACAGACAAGCUAUCUGGGCGUUUUUGAGGAGACAUCUUGAUAUUGGAAAUCCACCGUUACGUGAACCCAUUAUUGACGGCGGGGAAGGGACACCGGAAUAUAUCAUUAUCGGUCCAGAAUUUACAAUUAAAGAGGAACGCAAGAAACUGGACAUGGUACAGAGUUCAUUGUAAUACUUUGAAGGAAAUUAUCUCUCUUCAAAAUCAAUUUUUCUAUCGGUAUUGAUGUUGUAUGCUUCAAAAUGUGACAUAUUUCUACACUAACACCAUUCAUGACUUAUUCUCACCUCUAUCUAAUCAAAUAUCAGAAGCGAAAUAUUUUGAAAGUAGCCGGCAUUAUUUUAAAGUUUACGAAAAUAUUUUGGUAAAUCUGUCUUUCUCUUAAUGGUCCUACAAACUUACAGAAACGCUCUUACUUUGAAGAAAACUAAUCACCCUCACAGCGUAAGUCUGAAAUGCCCAGUUUGAUUAAUAAGAGAGUUUUGAAAUACUCGAUAAGUAUUUGAAAUAGUCAAAAAAUCCUAGUCUAUUUGUUACAACAUGCACUUCUGUGAAACACACAAUUUUAAAUUUG